AUGAUGCGCGAUGCAUCUCUCGACAUUGUCUUUCAGUCUGCACAUAAUGUGACGAUAACAUUGUCGAAGAAAUUAACGUAUAAGAAGUUGAUGAAAGAAGUCAAGAAAAAUGUUCCACAUGGUCGCGGGAAAAAACUUGAACCGUUGAAGUAUCAACUACCGACAUUGUUGGAACCACUAACCUACUCAAUAUACAACAUUGAGGACGAUUAUGAUGUGGACAUGAUGCUCGAUUGUCGCAUGCAAUAUUCAUUUGGAGGGCCCCUUAAGCUAUAUGCAAAAUGGAGACGGGCAGAUUUUCACUUUGAUCCUAAUGUUCAUAGUCCGACAGCUAAUUUAUGUAACGACUUCAACUUAUUCAGUACAAAAAGUUGGGACAAUGACUUGGGUGUAUCAUCGUCUUCGAUGCCAAGGCUGCUAAUAUGGCAACGAUUUUCAAUGUGGUUGUGCUGUCCGCUGUUUAUCUCUUCCCUUUCGUUUUAUGUUGUAACUGCAUCGAGUGACGGGUUGGUUCGGAUUGGGCUGAAAAAGAUGAAAUUGGAUCCGAACAACCUGCUUGGACCCUCUGAGGAGAUGGAUGCUGUUGCCUUGACGAAAUACAAGCUUGUUGAUUACAAUGGUGAGAUUGCUAUAGGAACUCCACCACAGAAGUUCAAAGUGGUAUUUGACACUGGCAUCUCAAAUUUGUUUGUACCAUCAAGCUUUUCAUGUUACAUCCAUUCCAAGUACGAGGCAAGUCAGUCGAUAACAUAUAAGAAGAGUGACGAACCUGUUGUUGUUUACUAUGUCAAUGCUCCAAUAUAUGGCUUCUUUAGUUACGACAAUGUUCAAGUCGGGGACUGGGUUGUGAAAGAUCAGGAAUUUGUUGGUGCUUCUGGACCAAGUGUUUCGGUUGGUACGGGCAGGGCUGAUGGGGUAUUUGGACUUGGGGUUUGGGAGAAUUCAUCCGGCCUUGCUCUGCCAGUGUGGUACAACAUGUUCUUUCAAGGUCUUAUGAAGUACCCAAUAAUUUCAUUGUCGCUUAACCGCAAUUUCGAGGAAGAAUCGGGUGGUGAAGUUGUGUUUGCUGGGAGUGAUCCAAACCAUUACAAGGGCAAGCACACAUAUGUCCCUGUAACAAAAACAGGCUUCUGGCAGUUUGAUAUGGAUGACAUUCUCAUGAACGGCAAUCGAACUGUUAUGAUACUGUCCAGGGAGCUGUGCGGAAAAUAUAGAUUCUGGAGCUGUGCGGCAAAUAUAGAUUCUGGAGCUGUUUGGAUUGUUGGUCCAAAGACUGUUAUAGAUGAGAUAAACCGUGAAACCGGUGCCAGCAGAGUGGUCAGUCUGGAGUGCAAGGCCGUGGUUCAACAACACGGGAAAACCAUCAUCGAUUUACUUUCAGCUGAGGGGAAUUCUAGUUUUACUCUGAAUGCACAACCGAAGAAAAUCUGCUCGCAAAUUGGAUUGUGCACUUCAGAUGGUGCUCGUGGUGUAAGUAUGGGCAUUGAGAGUGUGGUGGAGGAGAGCAGCAGCAACUCAUCUGGUGUUCAAGACAGUACCAAGUGCCAUGCUUGUGAGACGGCAGUUAUAUCAAUGCAGAACCAAUUAAUGCAGAAUCCGAGUCAAGACAUCGUAUCGGAAUUCGUUGAUCAGGUGAUACGUGAUAAACUUAAUGCUUGUGGAAUAAUUCGUCAACGCAUUCUUUCCGAUGCUCUGAUUCUUACCAUUAGAUACUUGUGUAGCUACGUGAUCGGAUGCUGA